ACAGCCUUUUCCUCCUUGGGAUCUCCUUCCGAAUCUUUCCCCCCUGCUCCUUGCAGGGCUCCCCUUCCAUCCCCUCCUCUCUUUCUGUCUUCUCCGAUACCAAAUCUCCGCCAUGGAAAUAGCAGAAUAUCAGAAUGAUGAGGAUCAGGACACGGCGAAGGAGAAGAAACGAUCACGUGGAAUGCACAUGAUCAGGGUCGUCAUGUUUAUGCUCCGUCGCCGGAGAAGAAAACCCUUCAAACCUGGGUUUUGGCGGCGGCUGGUGCAAUCCGUACGCCAUCUGAACAAAGAUCCGGCCUGUGUUACGAUAAUUCCGUCGUCUGAUAUUACGAUGCUGGCAUUGCCGGGGAAGAAAGCGACGGGGGAGGAGGAGGAGGUGGCGGCUAAGGAUGGUGGUGAUGUCAUCGAGCAGUUGUCGGAGACGUUGGAGGGUUUCACGGUUCCAUCUUCGUCUUCCUCCGGCAUUUCGGGAUACGGAUCUGCAAUGUCCCUCCGUGACAUGGAAUAUCCAGAUUAUUAUGAUGAGUAUGAUAACGACGACGACGAUGAUGAUGAUGAUGGCCGUGGUGGUUAUGGUGUGGGGGGAGGGGAUGAUAUGAUCGACGUGAAAGCGGAGGAAUUCAUUGCCAAAUUCUAUGCGCAGAUGAGGAUGCAAAACCAGGCAUACACUGAGCGCUGCAAAGCCAAACGGGUCUAGAGAGUCAUCAUCAUGCAUAUACAUACACAUACAAAUAUACGUACACAUUCACAUAUACAAACACAUCCACAUACAUAUAUAUAUAUAUAUAUGUGCAUGUAUGCACGUAGGCAUACAUGUACGUGUCCCGUGUGUUAAGAGAGUCCAUUAUAUCUGGGGAGGAAGGUUUGUUCUUUUUAAUUGUGGGUCUUUGUUUUUUUUUUUGGUCUCGGGUUUGUCUGUCUUUAAAUUUCUUUUUUUUUUCUUUUGAAUAAAUUAUGGGGCGAAAAAAAAAAACACCAAUGAAACGUGGGAAAGGAGAUUAUUUAGAAAAUCUUAUUUUGUUUUUGUGAUUCUUUAUAUAAUAUUUUGGUCUUCAAGUA